CUCUGUGAGGUCUUCGUGUUGCAGCUUCUUCUUUCUAUGUGAAGAUUCAGCAGCAGCUUUAACAACAGGAAGUCCUGAGAGUGAAAAAAAAACAUUUACUGGAUCAGUGAAAACGUCGCGUUCGGGCUGGCUGAUGAGUCAUUUCUAAAGAAUACAGGUGUUUAUUAUAAGGUGUGGCUCUGAUAUGGAUCAGUGUGAGGAGGGAGAGGAGAGAGAGGAGGGAGCCCCUCCCUUUAAAACAACUCUCUGUGAGGAACCUGAAGCUCAGAGACCACAGCAGCACUCAGCAGACCCUCUUGGACCUGAACAUUUACCCAGCUGUUUGUCCAUAAAGAGUGAUGCAUCAAUGAUACGUCCUCUUAAUUUUAAACAAUCUGCUGAUGGGAGGAAUCAGCUGCAGAAAGUAGACUGUCCUCAUCCAAGCUGUCUAUCCCUUAAGAGCGACUGGUCAAAGGCUGAAAUCUUAAACUUUGAUGGAGGACAUCCACAUGUUUAUCAGCAAGUCGACCAGGAGAGCUCAAAGACUUCCAGGGGUCAGUCUGCCCUGCAGCAUCAACCUGACCUACACUCAACAUUUAUGCUGCUGGAGGAGAACAUUGUCACUUUUGUGAAGAAUGAGCUGAAGAAGGUCCAGAGAGCUCUGAGUCCAGAUUUCCCAGAAUGCUUUGAGAGUCAGAGGGAGUAUGAAGACGUUUUGGGUGGUGAGGAAGAACAGCAGAAGACAAAUAUCAGAGAGGCAUUCCUGAAGAUCACAGUAGAGUUCCUAAAGAGAAUGAAGCAGGGGGAGCUGGCUGAAUGUCUGCAGAGCAAAUUAUUUGUACCAAGUUGUCAGCGUAAAAUCAAGUCUAAUUUGAAGAGGAAGUUCCAGUGUGUGUUUGAGGGGAUUGCCAAAGCAGGAAACCCAAGUCUAAUGAAUCAGAUCUACACAGAACUCUACAUCACAGAGGUAGGGACCAGAGAGAUCAAUGAAGAACACGAGGUCAGACAGAUUGAAACAACAUCCAGGAAACUAAGCAGACCAGAAACAACCAUUAAACCAGAAGACGUAAUCAGAGCCUUACCUGGAAGAGAAGAACCACUCAGAACAGUGAUGACAAAGGGAGUGGCUGGCAUCGGGAAAACAGUCUUAACACAGAAAUUUACUCUGGACUGGGCUGAAGGCAAAGCCAACCAGGACAUACAGUUUACAUUUCCAUUCACUUUCAGAGAGCUGAAUGUGCUGAAAGAGAAAAAGUUCAGCUUGGUGGAACUUGUUCAUCACUUCUUUUCUGAAACCAAAGAAGCAGGAAUCUGCAGGUUUGAAGAGUUCCAGGUUGUGUUCAUCUUUGACGGCCUGGAUGAGUGUCGACUUCCUCUGGACUUCCACAACAAUGAGACUAUGACUGAUGUAACAGAGUCCACCUCAGUGGAUAUGCUGUUGACAAACCUCAUCAGAGGGAACAUGCUUCCCUCUGCUCGCAUCUGGAUAACCACAAGACCUGCAGCAGCCAAUCAGAUCCCUCCUGAGUGUGUUGACAUAGUGACAGAGGUCAGAGGGUUCACUGACCCACAGAAGGACGAGUACUUCAUGAAGAGAUUCAGAGAUAAGGAUCAGGCCAACAGGAUCCUCUCUCACAUCAAGAGAUCCCGAAGCCUCCACAUCAUGUGCCACAUCCCAGUCUUCUGCUGGAUCACUGCUACAGUUCUGGAGGAUGUGUUAAAGACCAGAGAGGGAGAAGUGCUGCCUAGGACCCUGACUGAGAUGUACAUCCACUUUCUGGUGGUUCAGUCCAAAAUGAAGAACAUCAAGUAUGAUGGAGGAGCUGACACAGAUUCACAUUGGAGUCCAGAGAGCAGGAAGAUGAUUGAGUCUCUAGGAAAACUGGCUUUUGAGGAGCUGCAGAAAGGAAACCUGAUCUUCUAUGAAUCAGACCUGAUAGAGUGUGGCAUGGAUAUCAGAGAGGCCUCAGUGUACUCGGGAGUGUUCACACAGAUCUUUAAAGAGGAGACAGGACUGUACCAGGACAAGGUGUUCUGCUUUGUCCAUCUGAGUGUUCAGGAGUUUCUGGCUGCUCUUCAUGUCCAUCUGACAUUCAUCAACUCUGGUGUUAAUUUGAUGUCAGAAGAAAAAACAACAUUGUGGUUUUCUUGUUUCAUGAAAGACAAACACAAUAUCAAAUAUGUACACCAGUGUGCUGUGGACAAGGCCUUACAGAGUCCAAAUGGUCACCUGGACUUGUUCCUCCGCUUCCUCCUGGGUCUUUCACUGCCAACAAAUGGGAUUCUUCUUGGAGGCCUUUUGGCAAAGACAGCACGUAGCUCACAAACCAAAGUGGAAACAGUCCGGUACAUCAAAAAGAAGAUCAGUCAGAAUCUGUCUGCAGAGAAAAGCAUCAAUCUGUUCCACUGUCUGAAUGAACAGAAUGAUAGCUCCCUCCUAGAGGAGCUCCAGCACUCGCUGAGAUAUGGAAGUCUCUCCACAGAUGAACUGUCUCCUGCUCAGUGGUCAGCCCUCGUCUUCAUCUUACUGUCAUCAGAAAAAGAGCUAGAUGUGUUUGACCUGAAGAAAUACUCUGAUUCAGAAGAGGCUCUUCUGAGGCUGCUGCCAGUGGUCAGAGCCUCCAGCACAGCUCUGCUGGCUUACUGUAACCUCUCAGAGAGAAGCUGUCAAGCUCUGUCUUCAGUUCUCAGCUCCCAGUCUUCUUCUCUGAGAGAACUCGACCUGACUAACAACAAUCUGCAGGAUUCAGGAGUGGAACUGCUGUGUGAAGGACUGAAGAGUCCACACUGUUUACUGGAAACUCUGAGGCUUUCUGGCUGUAUGAUCCAAAGUAAAGGCUGUGCUUCACUGGCCAAAGCUCUUAGCUCUAACCCCUCCUAUCUCAGAGAGCUAGACCUGAGCUACAAUCAUCCAGGAAAACAGGGAGUGAAGCUGCUGUCUACUGGACUGGAGAAUCCACAAUGGAGACUGGACACUCUCAGGUGGAAGCCUGGCAGGGCCCGAUGGUUGAAACCAGGUCUGAGAAAGUAUUCCUGUGGACUCACAUUUAACACAAACACGGUGCACAAAAACCUACAACUGUCCAACAACAACACUAUGGUGGUUUUUACUGAGGAUAAUCAGUCAUAUCCUGAUCAUCCAGACAGAUUUAAAACCUGUCCUCAGCUGCUGUGUAGAAAUAAUUUGACUGGUCGCUGUUACUGGGAGGUCAAGUGGAGUGGGGAAGUUUAUAUAUCAGUGAGUUACAGAGGAAUCAGCAGGACAGGACCCAGUAGGGUCUGUAUGUUUGGGGAGAAUAAUCAGUCCUGGUGUCUGUUCUGCUCUGAUAAAGGUUACUCUGUCUGCCACAACAGCAUCGUAACAUCCAUCCCAUCCACUUAUUCCUCCGUCUCUGGCAGAGUAGCAGUAUAUGUGGACUGUCCUGCUGGCACUCUGUCCUUCUUCAGAGUGUCCUCCGGCAAGCUGAUCCACCUCCACACCUUCAACACCACAUUCACUGAAGCCCUUUAUCCUGGGUUUGGUCUUUGGUAUGAAAUGAUUUGGCACUUUACAGACAUCACUGGGUUCUCUUCUACUUGUCCUGGUUCUUCUGUGUCUUUGUGUCCUCUGUAAGAGGGACAGACUCCUCAAGAGUGUUUUGGGGACUCAUGGACGUCAGUUUUUCAGAGGGAGGAUCAAGGUGUUUUUUUUGGGCUUUAAAUGCAAGUGUGAACCAAACACUCAUUUUUUCAGGAGUUCAAAGUUUCAUCAACUUGCAGAGGAAAUCUGGUAAAUAUGUAAUCAGACCUCCUGUUUGAAAGCAUUAUUUCUCCUAAAGGAUACACUGAGCGCUGCAUUAUCCCUAUGGAUACACAUUUACAGUAUAAGAGUGACUUCCAUUGUUGGACCUCCCUUGAAAAAAAGAAAAAAAGACCAGCAUCUAGAAAAUCAUUGAUGCUAAGAAAUAUGAUUAUAAUAAACAAUUAAACUAAAAUCAGAAUAAUAGAAACUUAACUCUCAGGGAGAUCAAACUAAACACUCUAAACUGACAGCCAGUGGCCAGCAGGCAUGUCAUAAAUGAAAAAUACAAACAGGUGCCCCUGCACUGAGAUUAUUUCCUCAGCAAAUCCAUUCAGUGGCAAGAGUUAGGCCCCCUCAGAGACCCCCCUCCCUAAAGAGCGGAAACAGGACCUUUCAGCUGCUGCUGGAGUGAUGGUGACAGAACUCCUGGAUAAAUUCGCUCAGAUAAAAAUAAUCUAGACCACUGCUGUUCAGGAAACUAAACGUUCAGGAACAGUAGGGAAACACACUUAAAAUGAAAUAAAAUGGCUGCAAGACAUACCUUUAAACACAGAAGGCUGGGUCAGAGACCACAUACCCAUCACCAACAAACUACACUUUAAAAGAAAAUGGAAAUGGUAGUAAAUCACAAAGACAGGUUAGGUCUAGUGCUGCUUCUGGGGGGCCCUUAUUUAUCACAAAAGACAAUUCCAGGUUGUGUCAGGACCAGCUGAUCUUGCAUCAUAUAAUGUACAACAAGACUGAAGUAUCUAGAGCCAUCGUUAGAGGACAGAAAAAAAAACUGUUAGCUGUUAUUUCUAAUUUAAAAAUGAUGCCUGUGAGACAGUGACUGUAUUAAAGAAAAAAUCCACAAAAUAAAUAUCCUUCAGUAUCCUGUACCUAGGGUUUUGUGAUCCAAAGAGUUCAGUUUCUGCUUUUUCAAUUCUUUCUACCCAGGUUGUGCUUAUAAUGUGUUUGUGCAAUUCUUUGGAUCCCCACUAGUAUAAGACUAGAGUGACUGAAACAUGACCCUGCACCUCUGUUAGGAUGUGAUGUUCUGAUUGAACAGCAGGUGGCAGCACACACUUAAUAAUCAACAGGUUUCACUGCACAAAAUCUCUACAUGUAGUUACAGUAGAACUCAAAUUCAGUCUGUACUUUAGUUAAGGUACUACCUUUAAAAAUGUUUUUGAAGUGCAUUUUAGCAUUUAGAAUUUGACUUGCUCAACUGAAAAGUGAAUAUCUUUUCUGAAAUAUUCUAUGAACUGUUUCCUGAUUGUUCUGAAAUGUUUCAUGUUCCUAUAGGAUGACAUGUAAAUACUAGGUUUACAUUUUGGAUUUAAGGUUGUGACAGUUUUAAUUCAGUAGAAGUUGUUAAGGCUAACUAUCUUUGGUCAUAGAUGAAUACUAUUUCUUUUACUCUUUGUGUUGAUAUUGGUGCUUCCUUUGGACAUAGCAGUAUUCUAUCUUUGCUGAUGUUGUCCUGCACAUGUCUACAUGUUGUUUUCUGAGUAAAAAUCACAUUCUGCUGUCUUUUAACAGUCAAAAGUAUCACUCACCGUGAAAAUGUAAAAAAGCCUAUUGUUGUUUUUAA